AUGAAAGCAUUGUCUAUCUUUCGCACAUUUUACUGCGCUGCUAUUGCAGUUGCAUCAUACGCGUUGGCAGCACCUAUGGAAAGCUUAGAAGCUGAGCACCACUUAACAAAGCGGAUGCUCUCAGCUAGUAAAGCCGCAAACUACUUCGGCGGGUUCCUACUCGUACCCCGGUCCGAGCUCUCUAGCUGGACCACCGAAAAUGCCGGCCUACUUAAUUCCUAUCUCGUAUUCUCCCGAAAGGUCCGUGAAGAAAUCACUAAACUAAAAACAGAGCCGUAUGUCGCCCUACUACGAGCUUACUCAAGUCGAUACGCCAAGCAAAUGUACCCAGACAACCCUUUAGUCUUCAUCUCAUGGCAGGAAUUCGUCAACGAAGGUCUCAUAAAAGCUUUACAUAGACCGUGGGGCGAGAAAUGGAAAUUGCCUGAAUUUACUCUAUCCCCAGACGACCGACUCAAAGGACUCUCCGCUGGACUUUUGGAGGUAUACCCUCAUGCGGAAAUUGAAAACGAAGAGGACUUCAACAAUAGGCCACUACUCCGGUCCGCUAAAAUCACAACCGUCGAAUACGUCGCUGAGUUUUCGCUUCCAUUUCCUAGUAUAUCGGCGCUGAGCGAUUGGCUGUUCGAUCCUAGACCUCCUCCCGAUGAAUCAGGCCAAGUCCAAGAUGACUUGGAUGAUUUAGAUGAACAAGGCCAAGUCCAAGAUGAUUUAGAUGGCUUAGACGAUUCAGAUGAUCCAUUGUUUAUAGAACUUGAUCGAAGGGAGAGGAUGGAAGUAAGUCUUCGGGCAAUUUAUAGUCAGUUAGGGGUGCUAGUCGAGGAUCUGAGGGGGUUCAAACUCCAAGUCCAACUUGCAGGGAAUAUUCCGAUACCGCCAGAAAACGCGCAACCUAUCAUCAAAAUAAUCAAAGAGACGAUUAAUGGUUGGGAACGAUUAAAAGAUUUAGUUGGCGUUCUGGCGACAACGAUGCGUUUGCUGAAGGAAACGCUUGAAUGA